CAUCCCUACAUCAGAUCCAUGCUCAGAGUGAGGAAUUCUCCACGUAUUUUUUCUCCUUCAAGAUGGUGCAGCUCCGCCCAAGCAGUUGCGUUUUGCACAAGUCCAGAGCGAAAGCUCGCACUUUCUCGUCCACAGCAGCGGUUCCCCGUAUCUCUCCAGCAAGUGCUAUACCGGUUGCGUCGUUUCGGGAGGCGCAGUCGGGUCAGAACGCGUGCUCCAGGGAACGGAGCCAGGCAUGCUCGGCAGAUCGUUCAGAGCUACUUCGACGAAUCUUCGACGCUGUUCCGGCGCCCCCUGAUGCCAGAAGGCUAACGGAAUUGGCAACCGACACGGGAGGUGCAGAGAGCCCAGGUGAACCGCUACCACUGCCUCCAGAAUUGCGUGACCUGAUUUCGACAGAAAUGGAUGCUGAAGCAUCCGCAAAAGACCUGCUUCUGCCUUCCCCGUCCGAAGCCGAAAAGACCGAUGUGCACAAAGACCUGGAAGUGCCCGAGAGUAUGUACCACGCCGCUCUAAACGCAGAGCUCGUUAUGAGUUACGAAAAUGUCGUUCGCCACAUUGACGAGCCAACUGCAGUGCCUUUAUUCGCGAGCGAUGUGUGCGUCUUGCUGGAGCAUUUCAGGUUGAUUGGACGCAAGUUGCCAAAGUUCAUCCGGCGACAUUUCUACGACAAAAUGUCGUUUGACCGAUUCUGCAUCGACAGUUUGAGCAAAUUUUGCGAAUUCGGUUCUCCUUGGAUGGUGUGCAAACGCAGAGCCGAUAUAGCGAGACGCGUAAUAGAGCUCUUGGGUACAACAACUGCGAGCCGGGAUGUGCGAAUAGACGAGCCAGCUGCGGUCCGUCUCAAUUCUCUUCUGCAGCUACACAAAGCUUUGAGCAGUCCGGUCGUCGGUCCGCGGAAAGCAAACGUCCUCAGCGUCGCCGAACGGGAGGGCGUACGGGAGGCCCGCGGGAAAUUGCUUCAGAAUUUACAGGGAUUGGUAGAGGAAAACAGCACGAAAAGUCAUCAGGAUUUUCCGAUCUCGGACUUAGUUUUGGGCGUUGAAGCUAUGGCGCAAGAGCGUGACAUUACGCUUCGACCAUGGGCAACGUCCCUGCUCGCGUAUUUUCUGCAGGAACUAAUUCGGAAGGACACAGCGGCCCGUGCUGUUCUCGCCUCCGCCCGAAAAAAAUCACCGGAAACCUGCGCGCAACAGGAGCAGUUUUUAGCUUCUGACACCGACAUGGAAUUACCGCACGCUCUCGUCAGCAAAGAAUUUGCAAGCGUUUGCGAAAGUUUGACGCGGGCAGGACCCAGCGGGACAAAUGCGGAACGGUGGGAGUUAACCGCGCUAGUCGACGUCUCUCUGGCAGACGCAGAAAGUGCUUCUUCUGAAGUGUACCACCAAAAGAACCUCUCGACAACCUCUCUAUUGCAGUGGGCGACAAAUACUGCGGAUGAUCUUUUGAGGAACCAGACCACGAUUAACGUGACAACGCCAGCAAACCUAGCCUCCAUUCUCCGUUUUCUGUCCACCUUGAGUGCAAUGCAUGAAUCAGACGCUCGCACGGAUCACUCCCAAACUGCUGUUUCCCUCGUUUCUGUAUUCGAGACCGCUUCUUCACUCGCGCAGAGAAAAAUGGCCGAGUUCAGCUUUCCCUCGCUGGUAGAAACAGUGUCGGCCUUUGCUCGCAUACAGCAUCGCGACCAGUUCUUGCUCUCGAGGCUCAUGCUGCAACUACCGCGCCUUGGGGAGACGAAAGGCGCCUCGGUGACGCAGUUGCGGUUGCUACUGUCGGCAGUGCAGAAGUUGCAAUGGAGGAGCCCUGCUUUCGAGCAGUUGGUAUCCGAGCUAGUGCUGGAGCGAACCUACCAAAAGGCCACUGCUGCGGAAAGAAAGGUUCGAAAAGAGGUGAGGCCUGCGCAGGAGGAAAUGUGGACCGGUGCCGCGGUUCCUCGGUGGCGACGCCCUGAAAAGCGGCCGCUAUGGGCUCGAAAAAGGACCACAAGCGUACAGUUAUGUUGACCGUGCAAUCAUGCAGAAGUAGAUCUAGCAAAAACAGUCUGGUAGAAGCAGAUGAAACGUCGCCACCGUCAAGAUGAAGCGAUUACGAGCCACGAGUAGGUGUUCGCAUACACGACCAGCUCCUGUCCUGCAGAGGCAAUCCUUGCCAUAAAAAGGACCGAGAGAGGAAAGCGGAAGUCACUUUUUUUGUUUAUCU